AUGACCUCUGAACAAAAUGCAGAACAGCUUGAAAAUGGGACUACUGCUGCAACUAUGAGCUCACCAGAGACCACCAUUUCGGAACCGCCUUACAGUAUCUUUGACAACAGGCAAAAGUGGCUUAUUAUCAUCAUUGUUUCGACAGCUGCCACCUUUUCCGGCUUCGCAUCAAACAUCUAUUUUCCCGCGCUACCAACAAUCGCAACUGACCUCAAUGUCUCGGUCGAAUUGGUCAAUCUCACUGUCACAUCAUACCUGAUCUUCCAAGGCCUUGCACCCAGUCUCUGGGGUCCCAUAUCCGACGUCAAGGGCCGCCGAAUAGCUUACAUAUGCACAUUCCUUGUGUUCCUAGGAGCAUGUAUUGGUCUUGCCGAGACCAGAAACUAUCCCACCCUCAUUGUCUUGCGAUGUCUCCAAAGUACCGGUAGUGCCAGUACGAUUGCUAUAGGUUCAGGCGUCAUUGGAGAUAUUACCACUCGUGCUGAGCGAGGGGGGUAUAUGGGUAUCUUUCAAGCAGGGUUACUUGUCCCUGUUGCUGUGGGACCAGUAAUAGGAGGCGCAAUUGCUGGGUCUCUGGGAUGGAAGGCUAUUUUUUGGUUUUUGACUAUCUACACCGGCGUUUUUCUUUGCAUUUUGAUCGCCCUGUUGCCUGAGACGUUGCGAUCAACCGUCAAGAAUGGUAGUCGGUUACCGUCGAACUUAGUAAUGCGAUUCCCAUUAAUAGUCUAUCAGAAAGCCAGUAAAAUCGAUUGGCAAAGGGAGACACCUGACGAUCAAAGUGUCUCCAAGAAAAGUGUUAAUAUUCUAGGGUCGCUUCGAAUACUUUUCAGCAACCACGCGGCCCCUAUCAUCGUCUUUCUGGCUGUCUAUUAUGCAGUUUGGCAAAUGAGCAUCACCGCCAUGUCAUCUCUGUUUAAAACUCGAUAUGGUCUGACCGAAAUUCAAAUCGGGUUGACCUUCAUUGCAAAUGGGGUAGGAUCAAUGGUUGGAACGUUAGUGACAGGCAAGAUCCUUGACAAGGAUUACCGUCGUGUCAAGGCGAAAUACGAGGCCUCCUUGGAUACUGGACGCAGAAGUAGACAUGAAGAGGACUUUCCCCUGGAAAAAGCCCGUCUCAGACUUGUUCCUGCUUUCUCCGUGCUGCAAUGUCUUUCCAUCCUUCUUUUCGGCUGGACAAUUCAGUAUCCUCAAAAGGUCCACAUCGCAGUCCCUAUCGUCUCAACUUUUAUAACAGGGUGGACUGCCAUUUCUACACAAUCCCUCAUCAUGACUUAUCUAGUGGAUAUUUUUCAUGAUAGAAGCGCAGCAGCCAGUGCUAGUUUGAACCUUGCAAGAUGUCUGUUUGCCGCUGGAGGAACAAGCUUCGUCAUGCCAAUGGUUAAUGGCGUUGGGGUCGGGGUCGCAUUCACCAUUUGUGCUGCUGUUCAAGCAGUGGCACUAAUAGGACCUUUGAUUCAAUACAAUUUUGCUGCUAGAUGGAGGGGCAAGGACAGGGAGAAAUCUGAACAAAAGGAUGGCGAAGGGAAAAAUGAAAAGUGA